AUGGCAUGGCCAAAUCCUUUUCGAAGAAGGGAUCAGGACACCCGAACAUGCUGGGGUUACACGUUUCAGCUGACUCCAGAACAUCUUACGCCCGAACGGGCUCAUCCCAUGAAAUAUACCUACGAUGUGUUAGGAGAAGAGUGCUUCCAGAUUUUGAACCAGCUUGAUCCGCCAGCCACCAGGCCGGACUCCGCCAAAGGUGAAGCAGAACGAUCAACCAAAGAUGAGAAACCGGCCCUGCCCAAGCCGACCAGGGACUUUUACGUCCUCCUCCGAGACAAUAAAGACAAACACGAAAAGCUCCAGCUAUUAUGGGACGAAGUGACAACGAUUCCCGACUGGGUCGACUGGGAUCAAAUCGCCCGUGGGCAAGACGUGUUCUACCGCUACGGUGGUGCGACAUUGACCGGGCUGGCAUACCAAUCACUCCUCGGAGGCAUGGGGGCAAACCGCGUCGUCGAAGUUCUUGCGAGAACGGGGGGCUUUUCUGUCAAAGUUGCUCGUCACCGCCUGUUCGAAACGACACAGCAUAUCCUUGAAUGCACGAGAUCCAUCGAAUCAAUCAGACCAGGCGGUGGUGGCUUCGCAUCCAGCUUGCGUGUUCGACUUCUCCACGCCGCGGUCCGCCAACGCAUUAUGAAACUUGCAAAGACGCGGCCAGAUUACUACAGCGUCGAGGAGUACGGCAUUCCGAUCAAUGAUCUUGAUUGCAUCGCAACGAUCGGCACGUUCUCGGGAACGAUUAUCUGGCUCUCUCUCCCACGACAAGGAAUAUGGCUGCGCGAGCAGGAAAUCGUCGACUACAUCGCACUGUGGCGACUCAUAGCGCUCUACAUGGGCACGCCGACAGAGUGGUUUGAAACGCCUGCCAGGGCCAAAGCUAUGAUGGAAUCACUUCUGAUGAACGAAAUCAAUCCGACUGAGACGUCGAAGAUCCUGGCCGCGAAUGUCAUUCGUUGUCUGGAAAAUCAGCCGCCGACCUACGCUUCGAGAUCGUUCUUGGAAGUCAAUGCACGCUGGCUGAAUGGGAAUGAAUUAUGUGAUGCGCUCGGUCUUGGUCGGCCAUCUGCGUGGUACUGGGCCCUCAUGGGUGGUCAAUGCAUUUUCUUCAUGUCGAUUUCCUAUUUGUACAGAUCCAUUCCGGCGCUUGAUAGACGGAAGGUCAAGGCGUUGCGCAAUGUCUUCUGGGCGCUUAUUGUGGAAGGCAAGUUCGGUCUCGGUCAAGAGACGGUCUUUGAUUUCAAGUACGUUCCUGAUUACAACGUUCUCACGGCCAAAGGUGGCGAUGAAGAGGUGAAGAUGAAAGACGUGGGGAUUGAGCGGAAGUAUCGAAACACGCUGCUCAUCGCUACGGGCUGUAUUGCUAUCGCUGGAUAUGUGGGUGCGAGGAUUGCUUCUGCCAUCGUCUCGAGAAUUCUCUGAGCUGGUAACCAGGAACAGAAAGACGCCAGCUCUUCCUUCCGCUCAAGUCGCAAUCAGGUCCCGCUAUUCUCUUAAUCCCAUUCCAAUGUCGACAAUAAAUUUUCCCAUUCUGGUUCAACAACGCGCUCAGCACGCUCUACGAUCCGCGAGGGCGGCCAUCAGCGGGUCAAGUGUUGCUACCUGCAGUUGACUGGCAUUUGAAAAGGAAACCCGACCACAGUCCUAGACACAGUCAUAACUCCUUAUUCCGCCCAGCAUCAGUUCUUCUCAACCCCGACCUCCUGGUUGGAGUCAAAGGUACUCAACUCACCUCAUUGUGUCGGUGAUUGACAGACAGACAACAGGGUGAGGGUGGUUUGUUAGAUGAGAGGGUUCCACAACCUCUCUCAGGGAUAUAUCCACCCCUUAUCAGUGCCAUUAGUUUUAGGAAUGAUCAUCUCAUUCUCACAGACUACU